AUGAAGGCCAUGAAAGCAGCAUUUCUCAUUGUGUCUCAUUUGCUGCUCCAGCUAGUUUGCAUUGAAACGAUGAGAUCUACAGACUGCAUUUCGCACAUGGAUACUUGUGUUUCUCCACACGUCUGCAAAAGUGAACAGGCUGUUCUCAGAAAUGUCUGUCAUUUUAAAGAUGGAGACUGCCACAUGACUGACGCAAAGGUCUGUAAGGCCACUCUUCAGAUGAUGUUAAGCCGCUCACCUGCAUUGGGACAGUGUGUGUGCUCUGGGCUGGAUCCAUGCAGCACUCUACAGCAGCUGUACUCUCAGUGCCAGCAUCAUUGGGGUACUGCAGAACAGCAAGCCAGUGAUCACAAAGCACAUGUGCAUCACUCCAACCGAUCCUGUCUUGAAGAGGUAAUGGCUUGUCUUGGGGAGAAAGCCUGUAACAGCAGGAUGGUGCCGUUUGUCCAGGAAUGCAAUGCUUACCAAUGCAACGCCAGUCAGUGCAGAGAGGGACUGAGGCAGUUCUACUCUGCCCUUCCUCACAAUGUGGCUGAGAAACUGGUGUUCUGUGAAUGUGACAGAGAAGACCAGGAAUGCCAGCAGAUGAAGGCCUCUCUACACUCUGGAUCCUGUGUGAAUGACCAGCUGCAGACACCAUGGACCUGCCUGGAGGCUCUGGACAGCUGCUCUGAAGAUAUAUUGUGCAGGCAGAUAUUUAGCAGGUACCUGUCCAAAUGUUUUGGGGAAAAGGAAUCUGCAUUUGAUACGACUAGUGAAUGGCUAAGUCGUCUGGACCCUGACUUCUUUCUUGGGCACGACCUCCAGUGCAGGGUUGCAUUUGUGGAAACGAUGGGAUCAAUAAUUCAUCACCCAUGCACUUGUGAUGGAUUAAAUCACCAUGAUCAGUAUAAGUGCAAUGAGUUGAAACAAAUUUUCCAAGACAAGUCCCUCUUCACACUCUCAGGGACCAAAGAAAAUUUUCGACAUGGAGGAGAAUCCUCUGAAUUAAACACUGGGCAACAGCCAACCAGUGACACAAGCACUGGGCAGCAGUGGUUACGUGGUGAAAAUGUCCAACAUGGACAAUUCGAUGAUUCAAGUAAUGGACAGCGGCCAACCAAUGAAUCAAGCAUUAAGCAGCAAUGGUUGAGUGAUCAAUUGUUUUACAUACUGAUAUAUAUCUCUGCUUUGAUGGUGGUGGUAUUGUUCAUCGUCAGCCUUGUUUUGCACAGACUGUGGAGAAUACACAAAGCUGCUAGUAAACCGACUUUUGAGGACCAUCAGUCAAAGUCUCUGAUGUUGUCAUCUGUUAUUAUUUGAGUGACGUGGACUGGCAGUGAUAUUUAUGAUCUUUGCGCAUUGUAGUUACAUCUUUCACUGUGAAUUUAAAAUAUUCUGGCUGAUGCUCUGAUAUAUUAUUUAUAUCGGAUGAAAAAGGAAAUUAUAGGCCAUCUUGAUUUUAUCCACCUGGUGCUGACAGCAUAUAUUGGAUUAUUUUAUUAUUUAUAAUUUAAAAAAAUACUUGUUUUCAAAAUUGUUGUCAUUUGGUAUUAUUGCCAUUACAAUGUUAACUUGGAAGGUGUCAAAAUAUGAAGAUUUUUUUCCCUUAAUAUUCUGACAUAUAAGAGGCCAUUGUACUGAAGAUACAGAUGUGUAUAGCAAGUUUCAGA